AUGUUCCUGUUAGGUCCUACCUACAUCUCCAACCAUUCUGCCGAUGUUAUUCUCUCCGACAUUCGUCCUAUAAAGCUCAGAAUCGAAUCUUUACGCUGUAUCAACGUCUUUUUGGAUGAAUUUCUCUAUGGAAUACUCAAUGCCGCCCACUCUUUGACCACUGACAAACUGCGGGCCGGUCUACUUAGUGUUCUUCCGACAGCUCUUGGGAAGGAAGCACUUCUAGAGGCCGAAGUGGAAUUAAGGGCAUAUUGGGAUCGGACAAAGCCUUCGAAGAGCGGAGCCGUAGAUGAUGAUACCGGGACUUUCAACCUACAGUGGGCAUUUGAACUUUUAAGACUCAAAUGCGAGGCGUAUUCCACUUUGAAUGAAUCAGAUGGUGACAAGUCCGCAGAAGCCAGACUACAAGAGCGAUUAGUUGGUACUGGGCCACCACCAAAGCCAUCUCUGAUUGCUCCUGCUGCGUUGUAUCUCACUGCUAUCCUGGAUUCCAGACACGUACUCUCGAAUGUUGGGCGUGUAGCCUCCCGCGACAGCAGUCGGACAUAUGCCAACAUUCAAGAUGUUUUCGUAGCCUUGUGCGAGGAUGAAACAGUAUAUAGUUUAUUCAAGUCGAUGGAUGUCUAUCAACAAAUUCAGCAGCUCUCUCAGGAACCCAAACCUCGAAGAAGCAAGUCCCUUUCACGAAACGACAAGCGCUCAGACCAAUCAUCAGGAAAGGAUUCCCCUUCGCCGCCAACAAACAAUCGUUUAUCCUUGGAUGCAAUGCCCCCUGGAUCCAAUCGCUCAUCUAUGGACCGUGCCAAGGGUAUGAAAAAAUUAAUCAACGGCAGAAACUCAAUCUCCAAUGAGUCUAAUGGGCACAAACGGUCAGAGUCCGUACUUAGCGACGAGACAAAGCAGACAUGGGCAGCAUAUGAUUCAAUUGAUGCCGAGGAACAAGCAUCGUUACAAGAGUUCGACGACCUCAUGAAGUCCGAUGCGACCAUGAAAGUGUCCUUGACACCGGACCGAUUGAAGACUAUGGAGGUAUAUAAACAGGAGAAGGACCAACGCGGCGGCCGACCUAAGCCACCUCCUCUUCCCACCGGCAAUCCCGAAUUGGAUUUACCUACUUCCAUUCCGCCACGACCGUUCAGGCGUCCUUCCGCUCCCAACGUAAGCUCCAUUGUUGAGGACGAAGAAGAGUCACCCACUACUAGGCCAACACACCCUCGCAUGCGACAAACUAGUGUCGCCUCACCUCCUCCACAAACAUUACUCAUCGCUAAUACUCGUGCUCGCUCUCAGUCGGCAGCUGCUCCUCCCGUCAAACGGAAGACAUCUAAAACCGCUCUUGCGUCGAGCAGCACCCCUUCUUCAGCUGCAAUCAUGCAAAAUCGCGAACUCCGUAUUCCUCAGGCUUUCGAUGGCCCCGGUAUUCCCCAGAAAACGAGGAAAGUGCAAAAGAACCGAGAAUCUCUCGACCUGGAUGACGUUAUGGCUGGAUCGGACGACGAAGAAUUCGAUGAAACUGAGAUCGUCAGCCCGUCAAAAUCAUUUGCGUCCUCCACCCCUAGCAAUAUGAGGGUUUCUGCAAGGACGAAAGAACUGAUGGACUUCUUGAAUGAUGGUCCUCCGCCAACAGGCAGUAAUGAUUUCGGGGGUCGUCCUCCUAUCAACCAUCCACCAGUUUCCAAGGCAGGUCGUGAAUUGAUAGACUUUUUGGCACAGGGCCCACCUGACUUUGGCCCACCUUCCCAGGCGGUGACAGAUAAUGGCAGUACCAAAUCAAAAGGCUCGGGAAGAUUACAGCGGAUGAUAUCAAAGCUGAAGUUGGGGGAAUCUGACAAAGGAAGUCGGCAACCGUCCAUUGACGAUUUGAGGAAGACGCCGACUACUCCGAGCUAUCACCGACCACCCCUGCUAAUGAAGGCUUCCAAUGGAAGUCUAUCGACAUUCGGAAACCGUCCAAUUCCGCCCCGUCCUCCCCAGACACAAAUGAUAUCUCCGCCCUCAUCACCCGCUUAUGAUCCUGCUGAUAUUUCCCCAUCUAUUUUCUCUCCUGCCGCUCCUUCCACCCCUAAGGUUCGCCAAACCUCAGAAGCAGCACCUACUUUAGUAGCCCCUUCUCAACCUCAUCAACCUCCUGUGGCCGACAAAUUGCAACAGUUGAAAGUAUCUCGCUCGACCUCUUCUCGCGAAAAUGUCAGAAGCGAGUUUGACCUUGAGGACACUAGGCCGCUCCCGAAAUCCACCCCCUCCGCUACUAGUGAACAUUCUGCACCUAAAAAAAUCGCAGAAAUCCAACCAUCUACAAUUCGAGUCUCUCCUCCCGCUAUAGAAACAUCUGUAUCUGAACGCAAAACCUUGUCGCCUGACACUGCUACUCCCACUCCUGGUGUUGCAGCAAGUGGGAUUGGUAUGGUAGAUGCACAGGACAUGAAGCGCCUUAUGGCGAAGGCUACAACUCCUGAAGAAUGUCGUCUCAUAAUGGAUAUGUUUAUGGCGAAGGCCGGCAUUCCUGUUGAACAGACGGAGUACGACGUACCGUACCCCUCUCCCUCAUCUGCCGAUCCCCCGAAUAGUCGCCCUUCAUCUUCUUCUGAUACAGCCCUCGAGAUAUCACUGGUCGAACUAUUCCUCGGAGGUGAACCUUCAUUGGACCCUCCUCCUCGCAAGAAGCGGUAUACCACAAAGAAGGUCAGAGUGGAAUCCCAGGCUACCAAUAACCUCCAAAAGCCUGUUGUCCCCGCUAGCAACGGCAACGCGAUACCCACCCCAAUUGCUACCUUUGAAAAGAUUGCGGGGGUGGAUUGA